GCACUCGCAUCUGCACUCGCAUCGGCACCACAUCCCAUCCCGUCUUGCUUGGCAGCCGUCCGUGGGGGGUGCUGGAGCGCGCCGACCUUCUUCGGAACAUCGCUCGCCGAUUGGGGCAAGGGCCGCCUGUCCGCCUCGACCCUUGCCGCCCGCCCACUCUGGCUCGUUUCUUCGCUUCGUGCGCUCAUCGACCAACGUCCAGCACAACAGGCACAGGCCAUUCUCGCCACCGUCGGGCUGACUCAACCGCAAUGUCGUCUGGGCCGGAUUUUCUUGGAAAAGCGAUUGAAAUCGUCAAGCGAGCCACUGAAGAAGAUGGCAAGGGUAACUUCCAGGAAGCAUACAAGCUGUACCUGAACAGCCUCGAGUAUUUCACGACAGCAAUGAAAUAUGAAAAAAACGAAAAAAUUAAGCAAUCAAUUCGCGGCAAAUUCACCGAGUAUCUUGACCGAGCAGAGAAGCUCAAGGCGUUUCUGUCCAAGGAGCAGGACAAGAAGAAGAAGCCUGUUGCCAUCGGCGGCUCAAACGGAAAGCUCAACAAGAAGGCCGAUUCUGGAGACGAGGACGAUGAAGACGAUGGAGACGGCAAGAAGAAGGAUAACUCGGAGUCCAAGAAGCUCAAGGAUGCCCUUGCAGGAGCAAUUCUGUCCGAGAAACCAAACGUCCGUUGGAGCGACAUCGCUGGACUCGAAGGCGCCAAGGAGUCGCUGAAGGAGGCCGUUAUUCUUCCGAUCAGAUUCCCACACAUGUUCACAGGCAAGAGAAAGCCCUGGAGAGGCAUUCUGCUGUAUGGCCCUCCUGGUACUGGCAAAUCGUACCUUGCCAAGGCGAUCGCCACUGAGGCAGACUCGACAUUUUUCUCGGUCAGCUCUGCCGAUCUUGUCAGCAAGUGGAUGGGCGAAUCAGAAAGACUUGUCAAAACCCUGUUCCAGCUCGCUCGCGAGAGCCGACCUUCGAUCGUGUUUAUUGAUGAGGUCGAUUCGCUUUGUGGUCAGCGCGGUGAGGGUGAGUCCGAAGCCAGCCGACGCAUCAAGACAGAGUUUCUAGUUCAGAUGCAAGGCGUUGGCAACGAUAUGGAUGGCGUCCUCGUCCUUGGAGCAACCAACAUGCCAUGGCACCUGGAUCCGGCCAUUCGAAGAAGAUUCGAGAAGCGCAUCUAUAUCCCACUACCUGACCUUGGCGCGCGGGCAACUAUGUUUGGGCUGAACGUUGGAUCGACUCCGUGCCAGCUGGAGGCCCAAGACUACAAAGUGCUGGCGGAUCGAACGGAAGGAUUCUCGGGCUCGGAUAUCUCGAUUGUCGUUCGCGACGCACUGAUGGAGCCGGUGCGCAAGGUUCAGCAGGCAACGCAUUUCAAGCCGGUCAUGGCGCCAGGCCGCGAUAAUCCUAGCGAUAUCAAGCAGUACUUCACACCCUGCUCGCCCGGCGACCCACAGGCCCAGCCAAUGACAUGGAUGGAAAUCAGUGGCGAACAGCUCCUGGAGCCUUCCCUGACGAUUUCGGACUUUGUCAAGGCUGUUCAGAACGGCCGCAAGUCCGUCAACGACGCGGACGUGAAGCGGUACAUUGAAUGGACCGAGGAGUUUGGUCAGGACGGCUGAUGUGGCCGUCGGUCGAUGUCUGCCGUGGUUGUGCGUGCAUCUCCCCUCUCUGUUUGCAGCCAAUCCAAUAAAAAGCGGAGCACUCUGCGUUUGGGCCAGGGUUGUCGUUGCCUCUCUGGCCCUGAAUACAUCCACCCGCCCAUCGCAACCAUGGCC